UUUAAAAUAGUGUGGCAGGAAGACAUACAAGACACACCUGCUGAAUCUCACAGUAUCUGUACCACAAUCUGAAAGCCAACAUGAAGCUGACAAUCGUACUCUGUGCUUCGAUGAUUCUUUGCCUGUCUGUUGCUCUGGCUGAGGAUGCUGCGCCAGAGCCCAGAGAGGCAAACUGUGCUCAAUACCUAAGUGAUGCAUGCUCACGGGAAUACAACCCUGUGUGCGGAGACGAUGGCCACACAUACAGCACAGAGUGCAUGCUCUGCCAUGAGAACAAGGAGAAGAGGCAGCAUGUCCGUGUCAUGUACAACGGGCCAUGCAAGGCUGAAUAAGCAUCUGUCUCCUGAUGGUCAGCAAUGGUGAAGGCCAUAACUGCAAAUGCUUGCUACAAUACUUACAUUUUCUGGAAAUUACUAAGCAUCUCUCUCUCAGUUCAAGUCCUCUCCUGUCUUCCAAAGUCCUCUGCUUUUCGAUAUAGCUCUGUAACCUCAUUAGGCAUGUCAAAUAGGACAUGUAUUGUAAUGUGCAAUAAAGUUACUUAGCACUUCAA